GAUCCCGCUCACCGACUGUUAUAUGAUAGGCCCACUACCUAGACGCCAAUAACCAAUCCCUCGGAGUGAGUCGUGAAUGUCAAGAACACCUGUAAACAAUAAUAGAAGGAUCGUGAAUGUCAAGAGCAACUCUUCUUAAAUAAAUAAUAAUAGAAGGAUAUAAAAAAUAAAUCAACGAACAAAGAGAAAGUUAGAGGCGGUUUGUCAUUAGACUCACUUCCCCCAAACCCAAGGUGCGAGAGCUGCGACCGCCGCAGCCGCCAUGUCGGGAGGAAUCGCGCGCGGCCGCCUCGCCGAGGAGCGCAAGGCCUGGCGCAAGAACCACCCCCACGGUUUCGUGGCGAGGCCGGAAACGCUGGCCGACGGGUCGGCGAACCUCAUGGUCUGGAGCUGUACCAUCCCCGGCAAGCAGGGGACUGAUUGGGAAAGUGGGUACUACCCACUUACCCUUCAUUUCAGUGAAGAUUACCCAAGCAAGCCUCCCAAAUGCAAGUUCCCACAGGGUUUUUUCCACCCAAAUGUUUAUCCUUCAGGAACAGUCUGCCUCUCAAUUCUCAAUGAGGAUAGUGGUUGGAGACCUGCUAUCACUGUUAAGCAGAUUCUAGUUGGAAUACAAGACUUGCUUGAUCAGCCCAAUCCAGCUGAUCCUGCCCAAACUGAUGGUUAUCACCUAUUCAUCCAGGAUCCAACAGAAUAUAAGCGACGUGUUCGUCUGCAGGCCAAGCAAUAUCCUGCUCUGGUCUGAGGAUGUUGGCAUACCAGAGAUCCAUGAUCCAUCCUGCACAUCCGCAUAGUAGUUGCAAAUGUUAAAAUUAUGGUCUCAAAUUGGAUUUGACAAGACAUAAGUUGUCUGGAGGAUUGUCCAGUGUAAACCUGAACCUUCUAUGAUGUGUAUGAGUCCAGUAUUGAUAGCAAGAACAGAUUCGUUUACUGCUGGGAGUGCUGCAGCCACUGAUAUUUUGUCUAUUUAACUUAAACUAUUUGUUGUGUUGGUGCUCUAUCUUGAAGACAUGUUUCGUUUGUUUAUCGAAGGAGGUUAUCCGCUUUUGUCUA